CACCUAAUUUGUCACUCUGCACUUGCCGUCGUUUCCGUCCUAGUUGUCCGAGGUACUGGGCAAUCGCAGUUUGACACUACUACUCUGCCAUGUUUGCUAAAUAACACGCGCUUGACUAAAUCUUCAUUCUUCCUGUAUUUGUUUGAAACGGAUCGAAACAUCUGGGUGUCAAAGGUCCAACCAAUAUUUUGACCGAACUAAAACAUCCUUCGUGUCCAGUUAAACUCGCCUUGAAGCUUGUGGUGCAAAAUUAGCUUAGCUGCUAACAAAGAAACGCAAGGAGCAGAGAUCACUUGUGAAAAUGUGUUCGAGAAGGACAGCUGAGAACGUGGACGAGCUUGGAGACAUCAGUGAAGAAUCUCCUCCUCCUGAGCAGCAGGCGCCGGCAUACCCUCAUAGGAAAGCUGAAGAAGAGCCAGAGACGUCCCAUGAUGAGGAGGAAGAGCCAGAGCCCCCUCAUAUUAAAGAAGAAGAGCAGGAGGAGGAAAUCUUUCAAUUUCCGUUGACUGUCAUCAUGAAGUGCGAAGAAGAUGAUGGAGACCACUGCGCAAGACCCCUAGCAGACGGCCUCUUAGCUCCUCUUAGCGAUUACGCAACAUCAAACUCUUCUGACUAUGAAGAUGACGAUGAGGAGGAUGAGCGCUUUGAAGAUGACGGUGAAGAAUCUUCUAUUUCUGAUCAGCAGGGGGCAAAUUUCCCUCAUAUUGAAGAAGGAGAGGAAGCAAAGAUUUCCCUCAUUAAGGAAAAGUGGGAGCCACAAAUCCCCAACGUUCAAGAAGAAGAGCAGGAGAACAAAAUCACAUGUCUUGCUGACAACACGCGUGUAAAAUGUUCUGAAUGUGACAAAACCUUUUCUAAAGGGUCAACAUUGAAAAGACACAUAAAAACACACACCGGAGAGAAUCCGUUUUCCUGUUCCGUUUGCGGGAAAGGAUUCGCCCUCAAAUCAGAAUUAGCUAGACACGCAAUAGGACACACUGGGGAGAAACCCUUUCCUUGCGCAUUUUGUGGGAAAUGUUUCUCUCUGAAGGACAAUUUGAAAAGCCACACAAGAACGCACACUGGAGAAAAACCUUUCGUCUGCUCCGUUUGUGGCACGCGCUUCAAGUGGAAGAGGAAUCUAAUGGCGCAUUCCAGAACACACACCGGAGAGAAACCUUUUGCUUGCUUAAUUUGUGAGAAAAGAUUCAAUCGGAAGGACCAUUUAAAAAUACAUGUACGAUCUCACACUGGGGAAAAACCUUUUGUCUGCAGACUUUGUGGCAAAAGCUAUCUCGACAAGCAAGCUUUAACAUUUCACACAAGAAUACACACCGGGGAAAAACCUUUUCUCUGCUCGAUUUGCGGUAAAAGGUUCACCGUCAAGGCAAAUUUCACAAGCCACACGAGAACACACACCGGGGAAAAACCGUUUGUCUGCUCGGUUUGUGGUCAGAGAUUCAAUCGGAAGACCGUUUUAACGCAACACACAAGAACCCACACUGGAGAAAAACCUUUUCCCUGUUCAGUUUGUGGUAAAACAUUUUCUGAAAAGGCGAGUUUGGUCAGGCACGAGAGAGGACACGCUGGAGAAAAACCUUUUGCUUGCUCAGUUUGUAAUAAAAAAUUUGCGGAAAAGGGAGGUUUGAAUAGGCACACAAGAACACAUGCUGGGAAGAGUACGUAACUCAAGGUUCACAUGAAUUGACACAAAUGCAAUCAGGAGCAGCAAACAUGACAACAGAAAUGAGGAUGUUGCUGCGUUAUUUCUUUUUGGGUUGUUUUUGUUCCUCUGUUUAUUUUUUUACUUCUGUGUCUGAAAAUGGCUGUGUUGCAUUAACGUUAAGAAUAAAAUGUGCCACAAAA